UCUACAAAGAAAUUUGGCUGGCUUCUAGUCUGCAUGUGGUCAUUAUUCAAUGAUAGCUCUUUAGGUCAUUACACGUGAUAUUUACAAAUAAAAAAAAUGGCCAACCGCUUGGAAGAAUUAAACGGACGCCGCCAUUUUGAUUAUGUUGUUGUGGGCUGUGGUGGUAUAGGAAGUGGCGCCCUCUAUUGGCUGUCAAGGAGAGCUCCAAAUAAUGUACUGGGACUUGAGAGGUUUCAUCUUUACCAUGAAAAUGGCGGAUCCCAAGAUGUUUCAAGGAUGAUAAGAUUGGCGUAUCUGCAAGAUCGGUACUUGAGGCUGACACCGGAUACUUUUAAAACAUGGGAGACGAUAGAAGAAGAGUCUGGCAUGCAACUUGUCUACAAGUCUGGAGGGCUGAUCAUCACAGAGCGAGGGGUCAGUGACCAGAUUCUGGACGAGUACGAAGACGGCUUGAAGAGACACAACAUGCCGUACCAACGUUGGGAUCACAAGCAACUCAUGGAGCAUUACCCACAGUUUACAGCCGGACCGGAAGUAGAAGCCCUAUUCCAGAAGGAGGCUGGGAUUGUGGACGCUGGGCUGGGCAAUUCGUUACAUGUCCAGUUAGCGCAGGGGCGUGGAGCCAAAGUCUUGGACAACUGCCCCGUCACCAGGAUAGUGCGCAGACAAGAUGGGCUCAUUGAGGUGAGUACUCCACUGGCCAACUUCACGUGCAAGAAGGUCGUGGUAGCUGCUGGAGCUUGGAUCAACAAUAUCCUAAGUCUGAUCGGGUGUCACGUGCCUAUAAACGUCACUGAAGCCAACGUCACCUACUUUGGGACUCCGCACGUGAAAGAAUUUACAGCAGACAAGUUCCCGAUAUUUACCUGGCACAGCAGUGGUGUAACUAUAAACGCCCUGCCUGUCCAUGGAAUUAGCGGCACCAAAGUCGGCAGCUACACCGACGUCCCUGUGGUCACUGCCGAUACUCGAACCUGGCAGCCAGAUCCUGUUAGGUUACAGAUGGCGAUUGACUUCUGCAAGAAAAACAUUCCUAAGUACUUAGGUCCAGUCAUGAAACUUACGACCAGCCUGGCCGAUUGGACACCUGAUCGAGAUUUUCUCGUGGACACCUGCGCUAAAGCGGGUUUUCCUGACGUCAUCGUGUGCAGCGGAUCCGGGCAUGCUUACAAGUUCGCAAGCCUUCUGGGUAAAAUCCUCAGCGAGAUGGCAGUGGACGGGGUCACCAAGUACGACAUCUCAGAGUUCCGCUGGGACAGGGAGUGUCUGACUGACCCCAACUUUAAACUGAUCCCACUGCAUACAGAUAGAGGAAAAAGCAAAUUAUGAUAACUCGUUUACU